AGGCAUUUAAUCCUCUGUUUCUGUACUGAUCGUCCUUGGUUGUUGUAAGAGAGAUCUUUCAGGACCUCUUGCCCGUUUUGUGCGACUGCAGCUCCUCAACCAAACCAUAUUAAGACACACAAGAAGUUUAUCAUAUUCAAGGCUGUCAAUGACAAUGAUUUGUCCUUUUCUCUGCAUUUAUUUGAUCAACCUGAAAUAUAUGGUUUAGAUACAUACAUAUAUAUGAAGUUGACUUUUCGGAAUAAAAUUGUCGGUGAAAUUGUCAUACAAAACACUUGUUCUCUCUUCUAUUUUAUUCGUGGAUUAGAGAUUACUCCAUUCCAUUCAUUCCAAACAAAAUUCGAAUUCUCUUGUUGAUCACGAUUCAAUUUCGAUUUUCUUCAAUGGGAAAACCGACGGGGAAGAAGAAGAAGAAUAAUUCCGAGACUCCGACGGCGGGUUCUUCCGGUAACAAAUCAGGAAAAAGCUUCGAUCGUUCCGCAGCAUUCGACGAAGACAUGACGAUCUUCAUAAACCGAGCAUCAGAGCUGAAAGAAGAAGGAAACAAGCUAUUCCAGAGACGUGACACGGAAGGCGCCAUGUUAAGGUACGAUAAAGCCGUAAAGCUUUUACCUAGAGAUCACGGAGACGUAGCUUACCUGAGAACGAGCAUGGCCUCUUGUUACAUGCAAAUGGGAUUAGGAGAGUAUCCCAACGCCAUCAACGAAUGCAACCUCGCUCUCGAGGCUUCUCCUCCUAGUAGGCCCCACAGCAAAGCUUUGCUGAAACGCGCUCGGUGUUACGAGGCGUUGAAUAAGUUGGAUUUCGCGUUUAGGGAUUCGCGUCUUGUUCUGAGCAUGGAGCCGGAGAAUGUUUCUGCUAAUGACAUCUUUGAGAGGGUCAAGAAUGUUUUGGUGGAUAAAGGGAUCGAUGUGGUGGAGUUGGAGAAGACUUUACUCGAUGAUGCGCAGCCUGUUGGUGCUGCUCGGCUAAGGAAGAUUGUCAAGGAGAGGUUGAGGAAGAAGAAGAAGAAGACGGAGAGGAAAAGUAUCGAGGAUGCCAAAGUAGAAGAUGAUAACAAGUUAGAGGAUAAGGUUGUUGUUGAAGGGAAAAGCAACGAAGGCAUUGUUGAGAGUUCAAUAGUUGAAGAUGGAGAGGAGGAGGUAGAUAGCAGAAGGAAGCUAGAGGAUAAGGUUGUGGUUGAAGAGAAGAGAGCGAGUCCUGUCAUGGACAAAGAGGUCAUUGCUUCUGAGAUUGACCCGAAAGUGACGAGGACGGUGAAGCUGGUUCAUGGAGAUGAUAUACGGUGGGCGCAACUGCCCUUGAAUUCUAGCGUUAGACUUGUGAGAGACGUUAUCAAAGAUCGUUUCCCUUCUCUGAAAGGUUUCUUGAUUAAAUAUAGAGACCAAGACGGUGAUCUUGUUACCAUUACCACCACGGAUGAGCUGAGGCUGGCUGCGUCCACGAGGGAGAAGCUCGGCUCUUUUAGAUUAUACGUAACUGAAGUUAGCCCCAAUCAAGAACCGACUUAUGAAGGUUUGAACAAUGGCGAAUCGUCGGAGAAGUUUGCUAAGGGAUCGAGCAGUGUUGCUGAUAAUGGAAGUGUGGAAUCUGAGAAAGCAUCUCAUCAUGGCCUUCUUGAUCAUUGGAUUUUCCAGUUUGCGCAAUUGUUCAAGAACCAUGUCGGGUUUGAUUCUGAUUCUUACUUGGAUCUUCAUAACCUCGGGAUGAAGCUGUAUUCAGAAGGGAUGGAAGAUACAGUCACCGGGGAAGAUGCGCAAGAGCUCUUUGAUAUUGCUGCCGAUAAGUUCCAAGAAAUGGCUGCACUUGCCCUGUUUAACUGGGGGAACGUUCAUAUGUCUAAGGCAAGAAGACAGAUCUAUUUUGCAGAGGAGGGUCCGAGAGAAACUAUACUGGAGAAGGUCGAGGAAGGAUUUGAAUGGGCAACGGAGGAGUACAACAAAGCUGCAGAAAAAUACGAAGAAGCGGUUGAAGUUAAAUCUGAUUUCUACGAAGCUCUUCUUGCACUAGGGCAACAACAGUUUGAGCAGGCUAAGCUUUGCUGGUAUCAUGCGCUAAGCAACAAGAUAGAUAUGGAAAGCGAGGCUUCUCAGGAUGUGUUAAAGCUUUAUAACAAAGCUGAGGAGAGUAUGGAAAAGGGUAUGCAAAUUUGGGAAGAGAUGGAAGAACGUCGGAUGAAUGGGAUCUCCAACUUUGAUAGACAUAAAGCAAUGCUGCAGAAGCUGGGCUUGGAUGGGGAGUUUAGUGAAGCGUCUGGUGAAGAAAACGCAGAGCAAACAGCUAAUAUGAGCUCUCAGAUUAACCUUUUGUGGGGUUCUUUAUUGUAUGAACGGUCUAUUGUUGAGUAUAAGCUUGGCCUACCUACCUGGGAUGAAUGCUUGGAGGUUGCAGUGGAGAAAUUUGAAUUAGCUGGAGCUUCUGCAACUGAUAUAGCUGUCAUGGUAAAGAACCAUUGCUCAAACGAGAAUGCACUUGAAGGUAUGGGAUUCAAGAUCGAUGAAAUUGUACAAGCUUGGAAUGAGAUGUAUGAUGCCAAAAGAUGGCAGAUCGGUGUCCCAUCUUUCCGGCUAGAACCUUUGUUCCGGAGACGGUCACCAAAACUGCAUGAUAUUUUAGAGAACGUGUUUUCAGGGCCUCAGUGAUGAAACCGGCCAUCAUAUAAACAGACCGCACAUGUCAUCAGCUGAACAUAUAUUCAGACCGAACAUAUCAUCAGCUUCAUAUUUCACUAGGUAUUGGUAUUUACUGGGUGUUGCAUGCAACUUUUCUUCUUUUUUGGUUGGUCUCUCGCUUUUUGGAAGGAAUAUUUUUCUCUUGGCGGGUAUGUGUAUGGCCGCGAAGAUGCGUGAUGAUUUUUUGUGCACUUUGGGUUCAAAUUUUUUUUUUUUACUUUUCAUUUUGGUGGGUUUGUAAUAAUGUAAUUAUAUCAUUGUUUUGUAAUAUAUUUUUGUAUUGAUUGGUUAUGUUUAUCCAAAUGGUCAUUAGCUCAA